CCCCUAUCUCUUUCACCGCUCGGCAGAAUAGACGACCCCAAAAACUGCCCAGAGCGAUUCCAACCAACUGGACGCACUGUGGAAGCCAACUUCUUCCCGCUGCAAACAUGGCGACAGACGAGCUGACCGAUGACUAUGUCGCCAAUCUCAUGGCUAAAGACGCCAAAGAGAGCUCUAUCAAAUACUCCUCCGUUGGCUUAGAAGCUUUUGGGCCCUCCAAGUAUGUGCCCCUCUCUAUCCAAUGUAUUUCAUGUCUCAAAAACAAAGGCUGAUAGGUACAGACCACCAGGGACUAAACCGAAACCGAAUACUCGUUUCCUGAGAAAUAUUAUUAAAGAUACUGAUAAUCAUAACGCAGCACUGCUCGCGAAGGAAGCUGCCGAGUCUCGCGCAAGGCUACAGAGCUUGGCCAGCAGUCCACAGCAGACAGAGAGGGCCCGUGGCGCAGGUGAUAUUAGGAGGAGGCAACUUGGCGAUAUCGCGGCCAUUCUUGGGGGGCGGUCGGCGAAGAGGAGGAGAGUCGAGGAAGUGGGAACGGAGGGGAGAAGGCCGAAUACUUCAAGUGAGGAUGAUGAGCUUGAAGAGAAGCCAAGAGUGAAGCGUGCGAGGGAGGAGAAUAGAGAUAGUAGAGAAGAUAACGACAGGCCCAGAAGUCAUAGAGCCCAUCGCCGGAGGGAUAUAGGUGUUUCCGAAGAGAGGGAUCACGAUAGAGAGCGACGGAGAGAUAGAUCACGUUCCCGAUCGCCCAGAGAACAUCGAAGCAAAGACAAAGAGUCCCGACACCGACACAGAUCACCUAGGAGGAAACGCUCAAGAACACCCACACGAGAUAGAUCUCGAGAGAGAUCCCAUCGCUCACACCGUCACCACCGCUCUCCAUCAAGAGAGCGCAAAUCCUCAAAUACAGAAUCCAAGAAACCAGAAAGCAAACCAGACUACGAUUCUGAUCCCUUGGAUGAUAUUAUCGGGCCACGCCCACCUCCGAUCCCAGAAGUGAAGCGGAAAGGGAGAGGCACGAUAUCUAACGCCUCCGGAAUCGAUUCUCGCUUCUCGGCUAAUUACGACCCUACGGCUGAUGUACAGCUUGAUUUUGAUGAGGAGAAUGAUUGGGAUCAAGCGUUGGAGGCACUGAAGGAUCGUCAGAAGUGGAAACAGCAGGGUGCAGAUAGACUAAGAGCUGCUGGAUUCACGGAGGAGGAGGUCAGCAAGUGGGAGAGAGGAGGAGAGAAGCGAGAGGAGGAUGUUAAAUGGUCGAAGAGGGGGGAGGGGAGAGAAUGGGAUAGAGGAAAGGUCAUAGAUGGUGAUGGGGCUGUCUCCAUUGAGCCGAAGUUUGGGAGAUUGACGAAUGACUGAGGCUGGAUCUUGUGUCAAGAAUAUUAAUUGGGGCUAGCACUCCUCUUCGGCAAUCCGGAAAGCGCCUGGAGAGGGAUAUGAUGUAUAAACCAUCCGAAUUGUUCACAGGCAGGCAAGUGUUCACAGCUGAGUUCAUUUGUCUGGUAUCAAAUCUGGAAGUGGCUCUAUUGGAAGCUCGCUUGAGUCUGGCCAAUGAGCUACAUCACGGUUGCAUCUUAUUCGCCCAUCAAAAGUUCAGCCUCUCCGGGCUGACCAGUAGCUGUAGGCAACCAGCACAAUAGACAAGCCAUUCUUAGAAAUAUAGU